AAUUUUGACCUUUGCCAAGCUUGCUAUCCUUGCAAUACCAUAUAUUAUCAUGUCAGCUCAAACUCAAUCAGCGGUGCUUGUUCCGGAUGACAAUGGCGACAACAUCAACAACAACAAGCCAACCAUGACGAUGACUUUGCGCCCUCGAGGUUUGCGCUCUCGAACUCCACGGGAGCUCCUCCGCAAGAUGCCUCGACGUGUCUCGAUGUGUUCCACCGCUUCACGAGGUUCUACUCCCUCGAACGUUCCUGAUCGUCCUACACCAACUCCGUCUCCACCUCCCGUUGUGAUUGUGAAGAAUGCCGCAGACAACACCAUGAACAACAACGGCAGCAGCCGAGCGUCCGACCGCCCCGAGCCAGUCGUGGUGAAUGCGACUGCACCCCCCAAGACUCUCGUCAAGCCAGCACCCACUCGUCGAAGCAGCAGUGAUAACAACAAGAGUUCCCCCUUCAAGUCUAUUGCCAUGACGGCCGCUUCCGUUCACAAGCCAUCCUGUCCCAACGAAGCCGCCAUGAUGCGCAAGGCUCUCUUGAAGCAGUCCCGUCGCAAGUCGCACGAAAGCUUGGACAAAGUCGUCAUGGCCAAGGCUCGUGCUAUUGCCUCUCCCAUGCCUCGUAGAGUCUCUCUCCAACCCAACAACAGCGACAAGAACAACAGUUGGGGUGAGAUCCUCCUGCCAGGAGACUUGUCGUCGCCGCACGGUGGUCCAUCCCGACAGCAGCAACAACAGCAAACCACAAAGCGACUCUUCCUCCCGAUUCAUGGCCGUAUCCAAGGCGAGCUGAUCCUCACGGGGAUUGUGAUUGAGAAGGAAUUCUCCCCAGCUGGCCAACGGCUCCGUGGCAUUUACAAGAUGAAUGAUCCUCAUGCGACACAUCUGAACGCUGGUUUCCACAAGAUGAACUAUGAUGAGGCCAUUACGGAGUUAUCUUGCUACGAGAACAGCUCCUUUGUUGAGGGAGACUUGAAGAUGACAAAGAACGCGCCCAUCAACCGCCUCGAUGUCAUGGGAUUUCAUACCGGCCGGCCUCUUGGACGACCGAUUGCCGUCUCGCCGUCGCCACAACUUGGCGGCGGCGCCACCUCUUCCUUCUCACCCCACUGGCAAGAACGAGAGGGUUUGACUACAACUGCGCAGACACAGCCACUCUUUCAAGCUCUUCCCAACGACGACAUCUCAGGCUAUAUGAAGAACUUGCGUUAUCCUUACGACCCACAACAAGCCCACGCUCUAGGUGCCGCCACCAUCCAAGACGACGUCGACGACCAUCUCGGCAUGUUUGGAUUGGCCGACAUCCAGGGCAACGAGCGAUGGAUUGUGUGCCCCGAACUCGCCCAGUGCACGCAUCGCUUUCCCUACAACAACCUUCGAACGCCACAAGAUGUCGUCCAAGCCACGGUACAGCCCAUUCGAGCAGGCGAUUGUGCUUUGGUGCUGGUGUGUGGUCGCGGCAGUGCCAACCCAAUUCAGGAACCUCUGUGGAUGCAUGUCACGUCCGUGACGAGUUUUGGCAUGAUCAGUGCGAUUCCCUUGCAAGAUUCCAAGCUCGACCCGACGUCGAUUCAUCGCAAGACGUACGUGUCCUUUCCUCUUGGCUGCGUGGUGGGUCUGCAGCGCGGUCGGAAUUGGAAGAACUAAAAAGAGGCGCCACGGGAGGUCGACGGCGGCAGCAGCAAGCAAACGAAUGUCACGAUCCUUGUAGCCAGUAGCUCUCUUCCUCCUUGCUCGCUUGCUCUGCUUUUCUUCCUUGCUUCGUGGAAUGGUGUGGAACUCUGCACGUUGCCUGGUUCCGUAUGUCGCACGGCUGUGAAAUUGGUCAAAGAUAGAAUAAACUUUAACAGUUUCGUACGCUAGAGAAACGCUUUGAAAAUGGAUGCAGGAGACGGUGCUUCUUCGUAG